AUGGAUGGGGGAGUUGGAAAAUGGGUACCUGAUCAACCUCAGAACCAUGAUGGUAGCCACGCACACCAAUUGAUGGGUGAUCCUGAUAAUCUGAGCUGUUGCUGCAAGUGCUCAAGUCUCCUUUGUGUUCCCAGGGGCACCACUGAAGUGAUUAGGAGCCUGGAUCCAACCAUCACAGCCUGGAGCACAGAAGCCACACCAAACAAUGGAAGUGAUGAAAACCUUCCUCCAAUUUGUGAUGAGAAUAAUCUGAUUACUACAGUGUUGAUCUGCAUUAUUUUUCCACUUGGGCUGGCAGGAAAUGCAUCUGUGAUCUGGUUCUUGGGUUUUCAAAUGCGCAGAAAUCCCUUUUACACAUACAUCCUAAAUCUGGCUGUUGCUGACUUCCUCUUUCUCUGCUUGCAUACCACUUUUUUACUUUUAGCAGUCAUCAGAGUAUUCCAUCACUGCACCACUCUGUUUGGCAUCCUAAGAACUGUGACAAAAUUUUUCUACAUUGCAGACAUGAACAUGAUCGCUGCUAUUAGCACUGAGCGUUGCCUAUCAGUCCUCUGUCCUAUUUGGUACCACUGCCAUCGCCCAAGGCACACAUCAGCUGUCAUAUGUGUCCUGCUCUGGGCCCUGUCCAUGAUUCUGAGCAUCCUACAAGCAGUUGUUUGUGUAUAUUUUGAUAUAACUGUACGUCAUCUUUGUAAAAAAGUUCAAUUUACUUUAGCUGCAUGGCUGGUUCUUUUAUUUGUGAUUCUAUCAGGGUCCAGCCUGGCCCUGAUAGGUAGGAUGCUCUGUGGAUCCCAGAAGAAGCCUCUGACCAGGCUGUAUGUUACCAUCAUGCUCACAGUGUUGGUUUUCCUCCUCUGUGGUCUGCCCUUCGGUGUCUCUGUGUUCCUGUUAUGGUGGAUGGAGAUUGACUCCCAGGCACUUUUUUGCCUUCAGCUGGUUUCAACUGUUUUGUCCUAUGUUAACAGCUCUGCCAACCCCAUCAUUUACUUCUUCGUUGGCUCCUUUAGGCAGGGGUUGCAAGGGCAGAACCUGAAGCUAGUACUUGAGCGGGCUCUGCAGGACACUCCUGGGAAGAAUGAAAGUGGAGGCAGCCUUUCCCAGGGAACCCUGGAGAUGUCAGGCAGCAGAGUGGAGCAGGGAUGAAAACCUCAGCUCUGGUCCAUCAGAUGUGCCUUCAAGAGCCAUCGAUGCCCAGCUACACUCAUCAGAUAUCUGCUCUCCUCUCAGCCUUUUGCCUCUGAAAUACUUGCAUGUCAUCCAAUGGGUUUAUGUUAACCUGUAUUUUCU